AUGGUGAGGUCGAAUGCAUCGGCGUCUCCCGCUCGGGAAUUUGAGCUGCUUGAGCACGUCAGCUGGGCGCGGGUUCCACGAGUAAUUCUCAAACACAAGCUGACCGACAUCGAGGUCGACGUGAUUAACUGCCAGCUCGAUCAUCAGUCGCAUGAGAGGGACGAGGUUGUGCAACUGCUGCUCGAUGCUUGCCCGUUGGCUCGCGACUUCGUGGUUCGCAUCGGUGAGUGGGUGCAUGCACAUUCGGCAUGGAUGCCGCCCAAGCAAGGCUUUCCUAACACCUACACCUUCCGCAUGGUCGGCUUCCACCUUUUGCAAACACGGAAGCCGGGGCCCUUAUUGCCUGCGCUGGCUCCAAGCGGCGCGGUAUUGAGGGAAAUCCCAGUUCUGGAAACUCACGAAGAUGUCGGCCAGCUUUUCGAAGACUGGCUGAGCAACGUGGGGAUGUGGAAGCUGAGCAGUUGCUCCCCACAGCUGGUGCAAGUCGGGCAGGGGUGCUCAGACAUGCUCAGAGCAGACGAUGCCGGCCGCGAUUUCAAGCCUGCAUACAGCUACCUGGAAGCAUUGUUGCUGCCUUCACUCGUGAGAUCGGGUGCCAAGUGCUCCAUAGCAAAGGCCCUGGGAAGGUGCCUUCGUGGCUUCACCGCCUAUGCGCACAGGAAUACUCAUGUCAGCACACCAUCUUCCGAUUCUGGCGUGCAGCUGACAGCGACUGCUGCAAGCGCAGCGUGUGCCUUCGUCGCCGCGGCGGCUGCCGCAUCCUUUGCCGCGGCCAUCCCGGUGCGCGGAGUCAGCGCGGCGCCAAAGAAGGCAAACGUGGUCGUUCGCGCCGGUGCCUGGAGCGCGGGCUCCUCCGGAAGCAUCUCUUCAAGCGGUUCAUCCUUUCUUGGAAGCUCAAUGGCCGGUUCAGUGACCGGGCCGGUGGCGUCGGCGCCCUCGAACAGCUCGGGAUCUGGCCUCACCUCCAUGAAGAUGAUGUUCGAACGCUUUAACGAGAAGGCGAUCAAGGCCGUAAUGACCGCCCAGGAGGAGUCCAGACGGUUAGGCCACAACUAUGUCGGCACCGAGAUGCUUUUGGUCGGCGUUGUGGCUGACACCUCCGGUCCUUCGGCCAAAGUUUUGAAGAAGUUCAACGUGACUCUGAAGGACACUCGGAGAACCGUCGAAGAGACCGUGGGACGUGGAAGCGGUAUGGUCUCCGUGGAGAUCCCAUUCACUCCAGCAGCCAAGCGCGUCCUGGGCGAUGGAGUAGAGGAGGCAAAGCGGUUAAACGCCAAUACGAUUGACACUGCCCACAUCUUGCUGGCCCUCCUCAAAGAGGACAACGGCAAUGCAGUCAAUAUUUUGGGGAAGCUGGGUGUGGAUCCGUCCAAAAUGCCAGAAGAGAUCAUCAAGGAGCUCCAGGAGAAGGAGGAGCGGAGCCUGGUCGGUGUGACCUCACGUGGAGGAGGUUCCGGAAAGACCGUGACGCUGGAAGAGUUUGGAAACGAUCUCACCAAGGCUGCUGAAGAGGGCAAGAUGGACCCCCUUGUUGGCCGCCAGGCUGAGCUCGAGCGCACCAUUCAGAUCCUCGCGCGAAGGCAGAAAAACAACCCAGUGCUAAUUGGUGAGCCGGGCGUUGGCAAGACGGCCAUUGCUGAGGGAUUGGCCCAGAAGAUCGUGGCCGGAGACAUCCCGGAGCUCCUUCAAGGCAAGCGUAUUGUGCAGCUGGACUUAGCAAUGCUGCUGGCCGGAACACGCUACCGUGGAGAGUUCGAAGAGCGCCUCAAGAAUGUGAUCAAGGAGGUACUGGACUCCAAGAAGCAAAUCAUUCUCAUGAUUGAUGAGAUCCACACCAUCGUUGGGGCUGGGGGAACCGGCGACGGCGGUGGCGCGAUUGAUGCAGGAAACAUCAUGAAGCCGGCCCUGUCCCGUGGAGAACUGCAGGUCAUUGGGGCCACGACGAUUGAGGAGUACAGGAAGUACAUCGAGAAGGACAAAGCUCUUGAACGACGUUUCCAGCCCGUGAAUGUCCCAGAACCCACAAACGAAGAGACGCUCACGAUCUUGAAGGGCCUGGCAAAGAAGUACGAGGAGCACCACAAGCUCAAGUAUACUGAUGAAGCUCUGGCGGCGUGUGUAAAGUUCGCCUCGCAGUACAUCCAAGAUCGAUUCCUUCCAGAUAAGGCGAUCGAUGUGCUGGAUGAGACCGGCGCUCGAGUGCGACUUCGUGAGUCCUCCAUCCUCCCAGAGGAGGCCAAAGAAGCACAGAACAAGCUGAAGGAGGUCAUGACGAGCAAGGAGGAAGCCGUCAGAAACCAGAACUACGAGCUCGCCCAAGAGCUUAAGACAGAGGAGACCAGCCUUCGGGCAAAGAUCAAGAGCAUCAUUAGCGAGUCGAAGUCCGCCCUGGCAACCGACGAAGAUGAGGAAGAGGCCGAGGGCGACGAGAAGGCAAGGAAGGAGAUUCUGGUCACCGAGGCUGAUGUGGCAGCUGUGGUUUCCAAGUGGACCGGGGUUCCUGUUGAGAAGGUCUCUUCUGACGAAGGAGCUCGCCUCGUAAAGCUGGAGGAGGUUCUCCACGCCCGCGUGAUCGGGCAGAACGAGGCCGUCACAGCUGUGGCCAAGGCUGUCCGGCGCGCAAGAGCUGGGCUGAAGAAUCCCAACCGACCGAUUGCAUCUUUCAUCUUCUGUGGCCCGACAGGAGUUGGGAAGACGGAGUUGUGCAAGGCCUUGGCAGCUGCGUACUUUGGUAAGGAGGAUGCCAUGAUCCGACUGGACAUGUCCGAGUUCAUGGAGCGCCACACCGUGUCCAAGCUCAUCGGCAGUCCGCCAGGUUAUGUCGGCUACGACGAAGAGAGCCAGCUGACCGACGGAAUCCGUCGCAAGCCAUACAGCCUCGUCCUUUUCGACGAGGUCGAGAAGGCGCACCCAGAUGUGUUCAAUCUCAUGCUUCAGAUUCUGGAGGACGGCCGCUUGACCGACUCCAAGGGCCGCGUGGUUUCCUUCAAGAAUGCGCUGAUCAUCAUGACCUCCAACGUCGGGGCCAAGGCCAUCGAGAAGGGUAUCCAGGGCGGCGGCGGCAUCGGCUUCAGCGGCCUGGAGGACGGAGAGGAUGCGGAGACGUCGAGCUACAAUCGCCUGAAGACAUUGGUCUUCGACGAGCUCAAGAACUUCUUCAAACCAGAGUUCCUCAACCGUUUGGACGAGGUCAUUGUCUUCAGAUCACUGACGAAACCAGAGGUUGCGCAAAUUGCGGAGCUGGAGUUCAAGAAGACAUUCAGCCGAACGAAGGAGCGAGGUAUCCAGCUCAGCAUGACGGAAAAGUUCAAGCAGAAGGUUGUGGAUGAAGGCUUCAAUCCCACUUACGGUGCCAGACCGCUCCGCCGGGCAAUCAUGCGCUUGGUGGAGGAUGAAUUGGCGGAGUCUUUCCUUAAGGAGCCGACACGAGAAGGUGAGCACAUCCUCAUGGAUGUCAAUGCAGACGGAAAUGUCAUGAUUCUCCGGGACCAGCCGGCCCCGGAGGGUACAGAGGAAGACAAGGAGAUGAAGGUCGUGGAGACGACAGCAGCGUGCCAGGCAUGGCCUGAGAUCUCAGAAGCUGUGGGGUUCAGCUCCACACGCCAUCGCUCGCCUUCUACGGCGAUGGCCGCUUUGCGGGCACUGAGUUUGCUGAAGCUGAUUGCGGACAUCGGAAUUGAGAGCCGGCCCCGUCAGAUCAAACAUGUGUGUGUCUGUGUGCGCGCGCGUGCACCGCAAGCUUGCGAUGCCGUGGUAGGUUGCUUCAUGCUCGUUGGUGAAGCAGAGGAUUUGUUAAGAGCAAAGACACUGAUGCCCGCGAUGUUACCUCCACCUCCCAGCUCCCGGAGUCCACAUGCCGAGGCGUUCUCCGUGCAGGUGAAGUUGCUGUCCGGGCAGACGCUGACAACGAUGCAGGUGCAUGCAGCAGACACGGUGGCUGAAAUUCGACGUCGCAUCGAGGAGGUGGAUUCCGAGCUGCGGGGCUCCUUCCCACGGUCUGCCCUCAUGUUCGGCAACCGGGAGCUACUACCAUCCGAUGUAUCAGGAGAAGUCGGCCUCCACGAGGGCGCUCUGCUGACACUGAUCCGACUUCCUCCGCAGAAGUUGUGUACAGCUUCGGAGGAUGGAACCGCUCGAAUCUUCGAGCUGCAGACAGGGAAGACCCUUUGUGUCCUCGGAGGGCACUGCGGGGCUGUCAUCUCUGUGACCUUCUCAGAAGAUGGGGUCCGGGCGCUCACAAUGACUGCAACCCGCUCGAUCGCUCUUUAUGACACGGCCCUAGGGGUGCAGCUGUGGCGCUUGCAAGGUCCGGUGCAGGAUGCCUGCCUUGCAGCCGAUGGGCGACGGGUCUUGGUCAUGGACUCCCAUUCGGUUGUCGGGCUUCUGGACGCCAGCACUGGCCAGGUGAUGACGAAUCUUACACACCAUGCGUACUACGUGUGCACAGCGGUGUUCUCACCGGGAGGCAAAGCACUGCUGACAGCUUCGGUGGAAGGCUUCGCCCGGCUCUUCGACGUGGAGUCUGGCCGCUGUCUCAUCACCUUCGAAAGCAAGUCACGCUCACCAAGCGGACGGAGUCGGGGCAUGACAGCCGCGGCAUUCUCGCCUGAUGCCAGCAAGGUCCUGGUAAGCAUCUUCGAUGGCUCUGCCGACCUUUACGAUCGCAGCACCGGAGAGAGGAUUUGCUCCUGCGUGGGGCAUUCCGAUGUGCUCCGCUGCGCAUCCAUGUCGCAAGACGGUGCGCAGAUCCUCACUGCCUCGAAGGAUGGCACUGCGAAGUUGUUCUGUGCACAAACCGGCAAGUGCAUAAGCACCUUCAAAGGCCAUACGAAAGCCUUGUGUGCUGCCAACUUCUCACCAGAUCUCACCAAGGUCCUCACUGCUUCGCAGGACUAUUCUGCCAAGCUGUUCGAUGCCAGAAGUGGAACAUGCUUGCAAGACUUUCCAGGACAUUCGGCACCGGUCCUUGGCGCCAGCAUGUCUGCUGACGGACGUCUUGUGCUCACUUGUUCUAGCGACUUGGAUGCCAAGCUCUUCGACAGCCAAACCGGGGAGUGCUUGCGAAGCUUCUUCGAGGAGCACGGCUACGUGACGUCGGCUCAGUGGGCUCCUGGAGGGCAGCAGAUCUUGUUGGCCUUCUUCAGCGGCAGGGUAGCGCUCUUUGACCCAAAGCAGGACCAUUUUGUCCAGGAUUUCACUGGGCAUGUGGACUGCGUCCAUUCCAUGAAACUCGUGUGA